UUAAAAUGGUGCAACCAACAGCAUUUAACACACCAAAAUGUUAUUUUGUCAGGUACUGAUGCGAGCGCUGUGCUACAGAUCUGUGGUUCAUCUGUGGUUUCCGCCCACUGUUUUGAACGUUGUUGGCUGCGGUGCAUCAUGGGAUACAAAAUGUCUACUAAUAGUGCCAGCUGAUGCUAAUUAAAGAGAGCUAACUGAAAAUAAACAUAUAAUUUCUGUUUUCAGCAGUUGUAGUAUCAAUAUAUAGCUAACUGAUAUAUUAAUUGUAAUCUGCUGUCGCCAUGUCGGCGGAGUGCAGAGUGUCCAGCUCUAGCUCCAGGACCGAUGAAAGGAGAAGAUCAAGAAGCAGAGGACGAGAAAAAAGGAAGCGGAAAUGCAGCCGUAGUAGAUAUUCCUCGACAUCAUCCUCAUCAUCUUCAUCCUCAUCGUCCUCUUCUUCCUCAGGUUCAUCACGCUCAUCCAGCCGAAGUCAGAGUGCAUCUAGCACUAGCAGUAGCAACUCUCGCAGUACAUCCAGAAAGCAGUCUAAGAAAAGGAAAAAGGAGAAACAACACAAAAAAAAAGGGAAAAAGGAGAAGCGCCAUAAACAUAAAAAGGACAAGAAAACAAAAGGAGGAGAAGAAAACUCGGGACCUGUACAGAUCUCCAAGUAUUUGAAGGACAGGAAAAAAGGCAAGUACAGCAUGAUAUCAGGAAAGAAGAUAAAGAUGAAAGUAAAGAAGUCAAAAAAAGACAAACAGCGGGAUAAAAACCGAGCAGAACUUCUUGACUUCUUGAACUCCACCCUGUGAUGCCACUGUAAACGCCAGUAGAGGUGCUCAGGAUUGGACGUCAGCAGAACUCAGGAAGCAGCAGCUCAGCUUUGCGGGAGAACUAAAAUGAAGAGCUGUGAUAAACAGAUGAUUAAUACGACUUGUAUUGACACACAAUGGCAGCACCAAUCUGGAUGGAGUGAAGGAACUGUAUCUCUUGCAGCAAAGUGAGAUGCGUUCAGACCACUAGCUACAUUUUUACUGGACUAUGGUUCAGGUGGCCAAAUUAGUCCCAUAGCUUAUUCUGAUCAUUUCUGUGAUAAAAGAUGUGUUAAUGAUGAGCAGUAUGAUUUGAAAUUUCCUGUGGCCAACUACAUCACAUAAAGAUGAAAACUAUCAUCACACUACAUCAGGCAGAGCAUCAAUACAGGGUGAAAUGUAGCAAACGCUUUGUCAGCGUUGCUUGUGGUUUGAACAUAUUGUCACCAUUUAAGAGUACUCCACCUGUUAAUUAUUGCACUCCUAUACAUUGUCAGGUUCAUAAUGGACACCUUUUAAAAUUGAUCCAAACUGUCAAAACUUGAUCCCUACAUCACCCACAGUGCACCUCGACCAGCAGCAGUUCAGUAAGGUUAGACUUAUUCUUCCCUGCUGGUGGCAUCACUCAUUCAUGUCAACUGAAAGUUAUGUUUCUACAGUAAAAUGUAUCUGUGGGAACCACAGUGUUAGUGUGUACUGAUAUUAUAGUUAUUGUGUACAAUUUGCUUUAAAUGAUAUGAAAAUAGAUGGCGUUGUUUGAUUACUGUAUGGUAGUAGAACAUUCAUUAUCCAAAUUCUGUUUUCUCUGUUAGAAAUGUUGUUUUAACUUGAAAUAUUAGUCCCCUUGUAUGUCAGUUGAAAUCUUUAUAUGACUGAUGGAGUAAACCCAGUGCAUCCUGUACAGGCAGAAAUGAAACUAAUAAAAAGAUGGAAAUAUUUUACUUUGAAAUGUUUCUCUCAAAAAUAUCAUUUUUCUUUUUGCCUCUUGCAAUUGGAGAACACAUAGUUAAAGCUUAUGUUAGCUGAACUUCGAUGAUGAAUUACUGUGCAGUCCUUGUGUGGUGCAGCCUGUUGAGAGCACGACGUUAAUGU